AUGGCUGCUUAUGCUGCUGUAACUUCUCUGAUGGGAACGAUACGCCUGAUUUCACAAUCCAACUUAUUACACCUUGAAGAGGGUCACAAAGAACAUUUGGAAUUGCUCUACGAGAAGGUUGGCUCUCUGCUAGAGCUUCUUGACAAUUCCGAUGACGAACCUAAGAAGGAUUUGCCAGAAAAGGUCAAAGAUCUAGUACAUGAAGUGGAAAACAAAGUUGAAUCACACAUUUGGAAAGAGGCCCAUAAGACGUUUCUUAAGAUAUUGAAACGAGUGUUCCUCGUUCCAACAAAGGCCCAUGAGAGGCUUCUUAAGAUCUUGCAACAAGCUAUAGAAGACGUUGAUUCUGUCAACAAAGAGCUCAUCAAGCAGAGGAAGAAUAACAAUUUGCAAGCUGGAAAUUGUUCACUUGGUGGUUCUAGUUCACCACGAUUGCAUGUUUCUACCCUUGAGAACUGCAUGGUGGGAUACAACAUUGAACAAGAGCGCAUGCGAGGUCAACUUACCGGACACUCAUCUCAAUUGGAAGUCAUCUCUAUUGCUGGGAUGGGCGGCAUUGGUAAGUCAACUUUUGCCAAUAAGAUGUUUUCUGAUCCCUUAAUUGUCAGCUUCUUUGAUGUUCGUGGAUGGAUUAAUCUGUCCAAGGACUACAAUAUACGAAAGAUGCUUCUAUCCCUCCUUCAAGUUACUAUUCGGGAGAAAGAAGAUAAAGAAGAUCUUCAUGAGAAAACGGAUGAUAUACUAGCAGAAAUCUUGCAGAAAAGUUUAAAGGGUAGGAGAUAUUUGAUUGUUGUGGAUGACAUAUGGAGCACGGAAGCCUGGGAUGAGAUUAGACUAUGGUUUCCAGAAUGUUGUAAAAGAAGUCGGAUAUUGUUGACUACUCGAGACAUGAAGGUUGCUCAAUAUGCUAGCUAUCCUGAGGAUCCUUUUCCAAUGCGUUUCCUGGAGCCAGAGGAAAGUUGGAAUUUAUUUUGCCAAAAGGCAUUUAGCAAAAAAGAUUGUCCGACUGAAUUUGAGAAUGUAGCAAAGGUAGUUGUAGAAAAUUGCAAUGGAUUACCACUAAUGAUUUCUGUGGUUGCAGGGACGCUCUCUAGCAAGAGGUCACUGGAUGAGUGGAGGAAAGUAGCUGAAAGUGUGAACUCUUUAGUAAACCUUGAUGAUUAUCAACGUUGCUCAGGAGUGCUCGCUUUGAGCUACAAUCAUCUUCCUUCACAUUUGAAGGCUUGCUUUUUGUAUUUUGGAGUUUUCCCAAAAGCUAAAGAGAUUUCUGUGAAGAAGUUGAUUAGAUUAUGGGUUGCAGAAGGACUCCUAGAGCUAAAGGGGGUUGAGGGAUUGGAAAAAGUGGCAGCUCAUAGUUUACACGAUCUUAUUGAUAAAAAUUUAAUCAUGGUUAGCAGGCAAAGUCUUGAUGGAAUAAUCAAGACUUGUAGAAUUCAUGAUCUUCUUCAUGAUCUAUGCUCGAGAGAAGCUGAAAGCGACAGUAUUUUGUAUGCUAUAAAUGACACACCUUAUGGAGGACCCAGAAGGUUUUUCCCUCAAGGUCGUAAGUGGGUGUCACUUCAUUUAGCGGAAGGUUUUUAUCCCAGCCUCUUCGGUGCUCUUUCUUAUAGAAAAACACGUUCUAUUCAUUUUUAUGUUGAUCCAGCUUAUGGUUUUCAACUAGUUCAUUUCAAACUUCUUAGAGUCUUGGACUUGGAGGCUAUGGAAUUCAAAUAUGGUUUCCCUAGUGAAAUAUCACGCCUAGUUUGUUUAAGGUAUUUGGUUAUGACGGUCGAUGAGAUUUCUGAAGAAGUACCAAUUUCCAAUCUUCAGAAUUUACAAACUCUCGUCAUAUUUCGUACAUCAAAGAAAAAUAUUAUGCAUUUACCUAAUGGAAUUUGGGACAUGUCUCAAUUAAGGCAUCUCAAAGGUUCAAGGAUGGUUUUGCAUUCCCCUCUGAAGGUAUCCUCUAAUGAAGUUAAGUACCCGAUUUUGGGAACCUUGCAAAAUGUUAGUGGGUUGAGUCCUUCUUGUUGCACAAAGGAAAUAUUUGAAGAGAUUAAGAACGUGAAAAAAUUGGGGAUUUAUGGCAAGCGUGGGGAAUUUCUUGAUCAGCCCAAAUGCUUAGAUAAUCUUAUAUAUUUACAUGAGCUUGAGACACUAAGUAUUUAUGUACACGCUUUUCACAGAACUAAUUUCAUUACGCUUCCACGUCUGGGUUGUUCCCCACCAAAUCUCAAGAAAUUGACGCUUUAUAAUACUUAUCUACCAUUGGAGGACAUGAAGAUCAUUAGCAAGUUCCCGAAACUCGAGGUGCUCCAAUUGAAGCAUGCUGCUUUCGUUGCUGAAGAGGGGUCAACAGAAAUGUGGGAAGUAACAGAGAUGGGAUUUCUUGAAUUGAAAUUCUUCCUCCUCCUUGAGGAAUUGAAUCUUAAAUAUUGGAGAGCCACUGAUGAUUGUUUCCCACGCCUUGAGCGCAUAGUUAUAAGAGAUUGCCGUUGGUUAAAAGAGAUUCCUGAAGUAUUUGCUGAUAGUAUGACACUGCAACUAAUUGAGUUACAUAGAUGUUCUCGUUCCCUUGUGAAAGCUGCUAAGCGGAUCCAGAAAGAACAAUUGGAGAAUCUGGGAAGCGACAUGCUUGAAGUUCGUUCCUUUGACACAAUUAGAGCGGCUUUUCUCAAUUGUAAACUUAGCAUGAAACUGCAGGUGUUUUUGACUAAAUUCACUUGUAAUUUCAUUGUACAGAGUAAAAGAGAUGAAGAUUAA